CUGUAGAAGGAUGACAGCAGCUUUAGUUUUCCCGAGGACGUAUCGGAAUUUUAAAAUUUCCGAACUGAUGUUUUCCGCGAGUGUGUGUUUUUCCAUUCUCCUUAUUAAUCUAUUUUUAGGAGGUCAUGGCGUCUGCGCAGUAUGUAAAUCCGGCUUCACGAGGGUGGGGAGAUGGUGUUUCGCUGUCCAAACUGAGCCAGCUAGCAAGAACGACAGCAUCGCCAUCUGUCAGCAGAUGGGAGGAGCUAUGGUAGUGUUAGAUAGUAUGGAGAAGGAAAGUGCUCUGACGUCAUACAUUAUAGAGAACGAUCUUCUUCUCAUGACAGACCAGAGGAUGGACCUCUAUGAUGACCUUGGCGUUAUCAUGUCCGGUGAUGACGAAAUGGAUACAUUUUGUGAAGACUAUAUGAAACACGGCACACACAGCAAGAAAUAUCGUCAUUUCACCAACAAUAAGAUUCCUUUAGGGUCACGACCGGAGAAUCGGGCUAAUUUAACCACUCCACCAGGGUUCAAGGUCGCUCUGUCGUCAAUUCCGGGAGCCGGCAUGGGAGCUUGGACAGACAUUGCAUUAUCGAAAUACACGGUAUUGGGAGAGUAUGAAGGACUGGUCAGGACAGAUAUCAACGAUAAGGACCCGUAUUCAUGGGUUGUUGAUAAGGUGGAAGGAAAUGGUAGCUACGUCAUAGACGCUAUGCCGCUUGAUUGUAGCAACUGGUUGAGGUACGUGAACUCGCCACGUAACUUCCGGGAGGAGAAUGCGCAGGCGGUGUCGUGCGCAGGAAUGAUUUUCUACAUGACAAUUAAGGAAGUUAAUCCGGGAAGUGAGAUCAUGGUUUGGUAUGGAGAUAAUUACGGUCUACAUCUCAAUGUCAGCAGGAUACAUCCGGAACAUGACUUGAACGGAACUGUUGCCUACCGUGUUAGUGUUGUUUAUAUACUGGAUACGGACGGCGAUGUCCUGGUGUUUGACAAUGGCAGCCCGCUGACGUAUGAGAACUGGAUGGAGGACUUGACAUAUGAUGUUGUUGACAAGUCGUUUGGGUUAUUACUUUCGUAUGACUUAAAAAGGCAGCGUUGGAAAUGGAUUCCAGAAAGGGAUUACUCGUAUUUCACGGAUAAAAACGGAUUGUUUCUUCCAUUCGUGUGCGAAGAUCCGGAUUCUGAAAUUCCAUACGAAUAAAUUCUUGACUUUGCGAAUUAUAAUGAAUAAAUUGAUGGUAUUGUU